GAGGGCGCGGGGGGCGGGCCGGGCGGGCGGCGCCAUGAACGUGUUCCGCAUCCUGGGCGACCUGAGCCACCUCCUGGCCAUGGUGCUGCUGCUGGGCAAGAUCUGGCGGUCCCGGAGCUGCGCGGGCAUCUCUGGGAAGAGCCAGAUCCUCUUCGCUCUGGUCUUCACCACCAGGUACCUGGACCUGUUCACCAACUUUAUCUCCAUCUACAACACAGUCAUGAAGCUGGUUUUCCUCCUCUGCGCCUAUGUCACCGUGUACAUGAUCUACGGGAAAUUUCGGAAAACGUUUGACAGUGAGAAUGACACGUUCCGCCUGGAGUUUCUUCUGGUCCCAGUCAUUGGGCUCUCUUUCCUGGAGAACUACAGCUUUACUCCCCUGGAGAUCCUCUGGACCUUCUCCAUCUACCUGGAAUCGGUGGCCAUCCUGCCCCAGCUCUUCAUGAUCAGCAAGACUGGAGAGGCCGAGACCAUUACCACCCACUACCUGUUCUUCCUGGGCCUGUACCGGGCACUCUACCUGGCGAACUGGAUCAGGCGGUACCAGACCGAGAACUUCUAUGACCAGAUUGCAGUGGUGUCGGGAGUGGUGCAAACCAUCUUCUACUGCGACUUCUUCUACUUGUAUGUGACCAAAGUCCUUAAAGGAAAGAAGUUAAGUCUUCCAAUGCCAAUUUGAGGGGCCUCAAACAAGGAUAUGAAGCCAACUACUUGAGAUGUCCUACUGAGCAACUGAAUACAUGACUCAGACCAAAUGUUAAAAUUAAAGCCAGCAAAUUGCUCAGUGUGCCUGGAUUUCAGUAACACACUGAUAUUCUGUCUAGACGACCUCAUCAAUACCUCCUUUACAGAGGUAUUGAAAAACCUGGGCCACGUACAUAAAAAUGGUGCCAUACAAUGUCAACAGGAAUAUCAAACCUUAGUUGGCCAACUCACGAAUGGGUCAAAUAAACUAGUGUCUAAGGCCCAUGAGACAUGCUAGGGAAGGCAAUCCGUCUGGAAAGAUGUCCGAGUACAAAGCAAACAAACCAAAUUUACAAGCUCUAGCAACUCAAAUCUUCCCGUGGCUCACAGUAGUUCCACACUCAGUACUUUAACCCAAGUUGCAUUCCUAGGUCAGUACUGUCAGCAGCAUGACCCAUUUCACUGAGCAAACACAGCCAGGCCUUUACCUACUAGGUCUUGUUUUUGCUUUGUGACUGGAAUUUGCAUUAACACCAAUCAAUCCCACCUGCCUUUCACAUUUUUAGGUGCUAAUAACUAAGGCAACUUCCAACACCCCCAACCCCAGUCUUGAAGUAAUAAAAAAAUGUAAGAGGACUACCAUUGGACUAUAGUCAGAGUUUUUAAGUAAUAAAAAGCUCACACUUUAUUGUCAACAGUGUUUAUUUAUACCUACAAAAGAAAACAAGAUGGUAUCAAAAGGACAAUUUACAAACUAAGAAUAGUAACAUAGCUCUUAGCAUCCUGUGCCUGGACAUCUCACAUCUACAAUCUUUCAAGUCUUAACGCAACAGGAAUGUGUUCAGAGACCAGCAAGGACAUGAAUAGAGAGCACUGAUCCCAAGCAAAAGCCACCAACCUUUGAGAUGACAGAACUCCACACAUGAACUGCUGAGGAGGAAUUGGGGAGAAGCAGCCCCGUAGCUUACUGUUGAAAUCCUUUCCCGAAGCGAGUUUUAACCAUGACCGCAAUACCUAGCAUCAGAUGAAGUCCCGAUGCCUGUGCUCUGAAGCUGAGUUAUGAGUGACAGGCAUGGAGGCAGGCUACUCUAGAUCACAGGAGCAACUCUGCGAGGCUCCAGCUGUGCUCCGGCCACACAGCUUUUGGGAUCUGGAACAUGCUAACUUGACUAUAUGAUUACAAUAUCCCUGUUGGAAAAAAGGGCAGCAAGCAGCAGACAAAUUAUUGCUUGCUUGCCCAGAGACCUUUCAUAAAAAGGGAUGCUUCUCAGACCUGCAAGUGAGUGUGACAGCCCCUCUGGUGGCACCUGUUUUGAAAAGAAAAAUCAGAAUUCUCAUGUAGCAAUGUCUAUGAUGGACUGGUCAGUGCUUACACAAACAGAAACGUUUUCUUUGGGGGGGGGGGGGGCCAAGAACACUUUGGUUUAAAAGCACAGAGCAGUUUAGCCUUGUUUUUCCUGUGCCUACUACCUUCUCUCGGCCUCAACUUCUAUAAGGGGGAAAAAAAGAAGUUAAGAAA